AUGAACAUGCGCUCAUUUACAAACAUUGCCGUUGUCGCCUUCCUGACCUCCGUGGUCUCCGCGGCGCCUGCGGCCCAUCCCAACAAACCUAUCACCACUGCCACCAGCAUCACCAAGGAUAAUAACAGCUCGUUAGUUCGCGAUCCUCUAACGAAUGAAGCCCUGGUGAAAUACCAGAAGAGCUGGAUGAACUAUUGCUAUGGCGCCGAGAAGAUAGAGAUGACCGGGUGCAUGGACUUGAUGUACGAUACAUAUCCCAACUUCCCUCCGGAACAUACAAACAACUCGGACGACGUUUCCAUCCACCCACCCAAGCCCACCGACUGGGUACUCCACAGUCACGCUACAAACGGCGAAAACAACAAAGAUGUUAAAGCCAACGAGAGGCUGGUGGAAAGAUCUGAACCCAACGUCGCCGCCGCCGCCGCCGCCGCCGCCCGUAUCACCGAGGCCGACAACAACGCGAUGAACUACGACGAGAUAUUGGAGUACGAAAUCGGCAAGAGGCAGAAGUGCUACUGCGACGGCGAGCCCAAGUUCACGGCCGACAAGUUCGCCGCGUGCCUUGAGAAGCUGUAUCACGCUUACCCAGGCUUCCCGGCGGACUUCCCGCACGACGUGAAUGGGAAACCUGACGGGUGUGGCAGCAGCUUCGAUGCCAAGGGAGACCCCCUUACUGUCUCCGACGGUAUUCCCCAAAUGACACCCAUUUCACUUGCCAUGCCUGAGACCAGCGACAGCGACAGCGGCGUUGUAGUCGAGCGUCAUGGGUAG